GCUUCUCAGAGAGUUAACUUCCGUUUGACUGAAGCGACGGAUAGCUCGUUUGGUCUUUCAAGUUAAAUACUUAUUUGUACCCUUAAUCAAUUGAAACCCUCGACCAGGCAGUCAUGUCUAGUCGCGAAACCCACGACAUGAAGCUCCCUCCGAUCCAGUCCACGGCCGGAGCCGUGCCGGUCCGGAAUGAGAAAGGUGAGCUGUCCAUGGAGAAGGUGAAGGUGAAGAGGUACGUGUCGGGUAAACGUCCUGACUAUGCGCCAAUGGAGUCUUCGGAUGAGGAAGAAGAGGACUUUCAGUUUGUUAAGAAGGGAAAGGAAGCAGAGGCCGAGGCGGAGCUGGAGGAAGAGGAUGUCUCCGACCCACGUCUCAAACGCUUGCUCAACCGUGUGUCUGAGGACGUGGAGGAGAGACUCGCUAGACACAGACAGAUCGCAGAGCCUGAAGUUGUGGCCGAGAGCAGCGAGGACUCUGAUGAAGGCACAUGGCACCCUGAGCGGGAGGAGAGUAGCGAGGAAGAAGAGGAGGAAGAGGAAGAAGUGGAUGAUGAAGAAAUUGAGAGGAGGCGACAGAUGAUGCGACAGCGCGCCACUGAACGGAAGAGUGACGACGUAGAGGUGCUGGAGGUGGAGGAGGAAGGGAAGUCGGGGGCUGAGUCAGAGUCCGAGUCUGAAUACGAAGAGUACACAGACAGCGAGGAUGAAGCCGAGCCACGGCUCAAACCUGUCUUCAUUCGCAAGAAGGACAGAGUGACGGUGGCGGAGCGGGAGGCCGAGGAGCUGAGGCAGAAAGAGCUGGAGGUCGAAGCCAAGAAGCAGGUGGAGGAGCGGCGGCGCUACACCCUCAAGAUCGUGGAGGAGGAGGCAAAGAAGGAAUUUGAGGAGAACCGACGCACACUGGCUGCUUUGGAAGGUCUGGACACUGACGGAGAAAAUGAGGAGGAGGAGUACGAAGGCUGGAAAGUCCGAGAGCUGAAACGCAUCAAGAGGGACCGAGAGGCCCGAGAAGUCAUGGAGAAAGAGAAGGCCGAAAUCGAGAGAUUCCACAACCUGACGGAGGAGGAGCGGCGGGCCGAGCUGCGCAACAGCGGCAAGCAAGUCACCAACAAAGCCAGCAAAGGAAAAUACAAGUUCCUGCAGAAGUACUACCACAGAGGAGCCUUCUUCAUGGAUGAGGAGGAGCACGUGUACAAGAGAGAUUUCAGCGCGCCUACUCUGGAGGAUCACUUCAACAAAACCAUCCUCCCCAAAGUCAUGCAGGUCAAGAACUUUGGUCGCUCUGGACGCACCAAGUACACCCACCUGGUGGACCAGGACACGACGUCCUUCGACUCGGCCUGGGCCCAGGAGAGCGCUCAGAACAGCAAGUUCUUCAAGCAGAAGGCGGCCGGCGUGAGGGACGUGUUCGACCGGCCCACAGUGAAGAAGAGGAAGACCUAAGAUGUGACGAAGACUUCAGCUUCAGAGACUGUUCAGAGGCACAGCCUGCGGAGUUUAUCUCCUGGAUUUUUGCUGUGGAAGGAAAGCAGCAAAUAGACUGAUUCCACUGCUUUGAUCAUAUUGAUGAAGAGUUCUUCACCCAGGAAAUAACACCAUGAUUUCAAAUUAUUGUUUCCAAAAACCAGAAUUAAGAUGAAGCAGGUUUUCUAUUUGCAAUUAUACAGAAUCUUCUCUGUAAAAAUGGAAUACACGAUUGACGAAGAUAUUGGUAAAUUCUAUUGUCCUUUUUACAACAGUGAGUUUUUGUAAAAAUCAGCUAGUGUCGACAGUAUGCAUAUCCUUGUACCGACUUCCUGCGUUACCUUUUCGUUUCAAAGUACAGGCAUUGUAACUUGGUUUGCUUGUGUUUAAAUAAAACUAGUUUUUUUUCA